AUGUGGUGGUUCAAGAGGAUUCUUCUGCGUCUGCUGCAGCGGCCCUCCUUGCUCACUGGCUGUCUCUGCUGCCUGGUGUUCCUGUUCUACACCAUCAGCGACUACUGGUCGCGCGGCGGAGCCACACCGCGGGGCCACAGCAACAACAAACACAAACUUCAGCUAAGGCUACUGUCCGGUGACGGAACAGCAGUCGCUCAGGUGAACGUGGAGGAUUUGCGGAUCUUCGCGUUCAACCUAAACAAGGGGCAGCAGGUGCACCACGCGGAGAAGUUCGGCGCCACCCUGGAGCCCUCGGACCCGGUGAUAGUUGUGCAGGUGCACAACAGGUGGCGCUACCUGCAGUACCUGCUGCACAGCCUGUCCGAAGUGCGGGGCAUCGAGCGCGCCUUGCUCGUGUUCAGCCACGACCACUACGACGCGCACGUGCUCCACCUGCCAAAGGCGGUGACCUUCUGCAGGGUGAUGCAGAUAUUUUUCCCCUAUUCCACUCAAAUUUACCCCCACGAGUUUCCAGGCGUCCACCCGAACGACUGUCCGAGGAAUAUCCAUUUCGAACAGGCUCAUAAGAUAAAGUGUAACAACGCCGAUUAUCCAGACCAGUAUGGCCACUACAGGGAGAGCAAGUUCACCCAGAUUAAGCAUCACUGGUGGUGGAAGAUCAACGUCGUGAUGGAGAGCCUGAACCUCACGCGCAAUCACGAGGGCCCCAUCAUGCUGCUCGAGGAAGACUACUACGUGGCCCCGGACUACAUCGACGCCGUCCGGUUACUCCUCGCCAACAGGCCCGCCCUUUGCGGUACAAGCACGUGCCUUUGCAUGGUGGGAAACAAUGACUACAAUGUCAAAAAGACACUCACUGACGCCGUGGAAAUACGUCCCUGGAACAAGAGCACCAACAAUCUCGGCAUCAUCAUGACACGCGACUUGUGGAAGGACAUCCGGGCAUGCUUCAGCGAGUUCUGCAUGCACGACGACUACAACUGGGACCUGACGCUGACUGCGGUGGCGAACAAGUGCCUUCCUGCCGGCAGCCUGACCGUCAGCUUGAGGGUCAGCAGGGUCUUCCACAUUGGAGAGUGUGGCGUGCACCGCCGUCCCAAACAGUGCCGAGAGGUGCUCCUCCGCAAGGCUCGCCAGGCGAUUCCCAAGGAAGGCUUCGGAUCCGAGCUCAUACGCCAGCUGCGGCCAAUCAGGCCACGCAUCAUCAGGCUGCCCAAGAUCAGCGGAGGAUGGGCUGACGUCCGAGACCACCAGCUCUGCGUUAAGAUGACGCUUUGGGGAUCGUAGGGAGGCACCCAUCCACCCCUAAUUUAAAAAAAAAAGAACAAUCGUAUGUCCCACGACCCCCCCCCCCCCCCCCACAUCCAAUAAUUCGCUAUGAUCAUAUGAAAUCUUAUACAGAACCCCCAUACGAUCCAUAUUCAUUUUUCAUUCUUUUUCAUAUCCCCGAAUGAUCAUGAUUGUCAUGUGUUAUCAAUACCACAACCGUAUGACCUCGCAUAUUCUACAUGUGAUCGUAACCAUGUUAUUGGACAAUGGGGUAAAUACUGAGCAUAUGUUUUUGCUUUUUAUGAUAAGCAUGGCCUCGUCGUCCGGGCACAAAGAAGACACCACUCUGUCGUGAAACGGGACAUAAUUGUUUUGUUAUGCACACACUGUUUUUUUCUUUAUCGCUUCGUUUUAAAUUAUGGUUUGUUUCCAAACAAAAUCGUUGUUCUCUGCGUCAUAAAUAUUUCACGUGGCGUAUUUUACAUCUUGUUUCUGCACGCACUCUUGCUGGGAACCGCGCAAGAUUGUGUAAUUUUGGAAACUUGUUGAUAUACUGAAGAAUACGCGUGCCCUCACAUAUGAGGAAAAUAUAUUUUAAUAAAAAGCAAAAAUGUCAACACGGCUGAAACGAGCUGAAAGAAUGUGCGAAGCACGUGGCUGUUGAGUUCUCUUCGUUACGUCUUUGUCUCUUACAACGUUACGCUUUAUGAAUGACAAAACAUUUUCAGUUUCGCCAGCAAAAUGAGACCAUGUAAACGACUACAAAGCCGUGUACCAUGUACCAGGUUUGUUUCUCUUUAAAGCCAUAGCUAUUAUCGGCCCACUCCCCAAGUCAUUCUUAUUUCCCCGGCGUCCAUUGCAGGAAUCCCACCGUGCUUUGCGAGAUGUUUAUA